AGAAAAAGGGGAAAAAGGCGCGAUUCACUCAUAUACCGAUACCGCUGUGCUGUGUGCUGUUGUAUAUGACACUUUAAUCUUAACAUUUUUAUUUUUAUUAUAUUUUUCUAUUAUUUGUUAAUUUCAAUCAUAUUUUAUUGAUUACGACCGAUUUAUAAUUUAAGGGACUUCAAAGGACUUCUUCAACGUUUGAUUUGGAGAAUUUCCUUCACGUCAAUAACCAAAAAAAUUUUGUAUACAAUUAUUCAGUAUGUCUGCUGAAAUUAAAACCGAAAUUCGAGAAGUUCCAUCUCCAGAACCAAUGGAUGAUGAAAAUGAUGCUUUACUCGAUGAAAUUUGCGCAAAUAUAAUAAAUGAAACUAAGAAAGAAAAUAUAGAAACAAUUUUUGAGAAAAAGGAGAUUGUCGAUGAGUGUAUAAUUAAGACGAAAGAAAUUGUGGUGAAAACUGGAGUUAAUGAAGUGAGACAUUGUUCAGAGGAUAGUAAACGAAAAUUUAAUCAAGAUAAAAAAGUGGAUUACGAAAAAAAUGCGAAAAAUGUGAGAAAAGACGAAAGACCAUGGUGUGACGAUGAGGAUGAUGAUGAGGAUGAAGAAUAUGAAUCUGUGCCUAAAAGGAUACGCGAAAGCCACAAUAAUGGUUUAGAGGAAGAGCAAAAGAGACUUAGAAAUAAUAGUGCUUCAAGUAGUAGUACAACUUCCUCUGGUCCCAAUAUCAAAAAGCAAGUUGAAUAUGAAACUGAUGCAUCUCUGCUGGCUCGCAGACAAAAAGAUAUCGAUUAUGGAAAAAAUACUAUAGGCUACGACAGAUACGUUCAACAGAUUCCCAAAGAUCAACGUCUUAAGGAUCAUCCAAGGACACCUCCAAUGCAUCUGAAAUACACCAGAAGAGGCUGGGAUGGAAUGGUAAAAUUGUGGCGAAAAAAUCUUCACAUUUGGGAUCCACCGCAAGAUGAAUCUGAAGAUAAUGAUAAUGAUGAAACAAGCGAGGAAAACGGUAUUGCUUGUCAAUGAUAUAGUUUCCUUUUUUUAUUUUUAUAAAGAAUAUAAUUUUAAGUUCGUCUCGGCCAAAUGUGUAAGAUUUGUACUAAAAUAGCUUUAUGAAACUAAAAAUAAUUUUCUAAAGCGAGUAUAAUAUACACUUUCAUACAUUUAUGAAAACGAAAA